CGCGCCGCCCGCCCUCGAAAUGCGCAUUCGGGAGAUACAAUUCGUGCAGUACAGUUGUACCAUAGAAAUAUAUUCAGAAUAUUAAGUUACUUAUAUUAAGAAUAUCGUAUUUAUAUAAUCUUUACGUGAACUUUGUGAGUUAUUAAGUUAUCAUGGGUAUGAUUUCAAGAGUACGUGGUAGAAUAAGGAGUGAUUCUUUCUCGAAGAUUCAUAACAAUAAAUCUGAGGACAAAUUAGCGAACAUUGUGUGGCUCAUCUCGUUAGUGUUAGUGCUGCCAUACUGGGCACCACGGGGAUUGCUUGUGGCGCUGGGAGGCGCGUGGCUAAUGGCAGCAUACACCUGUCUGGUGCUGCCCGUUCUAAUAUCAGCGAACUACCGCUAUCCAGCAAGAUGGUACCCGGCCGUCGCAAAAUUAGUCCGGAGACUAGCUCGUCGUCUUCGGGCACCAACAGCCUGUUUGUUGGGAGUACUGAAGACCGCGUACGCUCCAGUAGAUCGAGCUGAGAGACUGUUCUUGCAAAUGAACAAUCUCUCAACUAUGGUCAGCCAGCUGUUAAUAUUUACCGCCUGCGAUAGACUUCUCGUGCUGCAGGGAAGGCUUACGUGUCUAUACUCGCUGAUGUUCUACAACGUCGUCACUUAUUCCGUCAACUAUGUGAAAGAAAUCUGCACCAAAGAAGACUGGUCUCCAUACGUGAAUGUCACCCGGCACUCCCGCGUCAAACACCUGGCCAUGUCUGCCACCAAGAUCGUAUUAGAAUGGACGAAGGCUGUUACCUUCAUAGUGACCAUGACAUUCAUCCUUCUGACCCUCGGACUUGAACAGGGCUUGGAGUACUUCCGUCCGAACACUCUUUAUACUCUCAUCACUGGUACAUUCUAUCUCCUCUCAGAGAAGACGUUCCUGGAACUAUGGCCACUUGCUUUAUCUGCUUUGAAAUUGGAGAGUCUUGAGGGUAUGGAGGUUUUGUACUGUGGGGUCUGGUCCAGAGCCAUCACCACCAUGAUAGCGGUGCCUUUGGUUCCAGCUCUCGUGUGGCAUGAAAGGUUUAGGUUGGCGUUACUAAUACUAUAUAUUUGCGUUAUAGUCCAUGGAAGGCAUAGGUUGGGCGAAGAGUUGCUGAAGUUAAACGAGGCUCAAGGGUCUCUAGCAAGGUUUAGGCGUGCAACCGCCGAAGAAAUAUCCACGCUAGAGGAUGUUUGCGCGGUUUGUUUGGGAACAAUGAAAUCAGCUCGAGUCACGCCCUGUGCUCACUUCUUCCAUGCCGAUUGCUUGCGGAAAUGCUUAGCAUCGUCAGAUAGAUGUCCGAUAUGUGUUAGGGAAUAUGUCUUCUGUUGAAACAUUUUAUACACUUUGGUCACUAACAUUCUGGACGAAACUGACGACUUGUUGCAAGUGAUGUGAUGUGAGAUGAAAUGGUACCUAAUGUGAUAUAGAAAAUAAGUGCUUAUGGUAAAAUUUAUAACAAACUUAUAACAUGUUAUAAGUAUUCCUAAAUAAAGUAUUUAAAGAAAAUUAUUGUAAUGAAUCCUGUAUCAUUAAUACGAGUUUGCACCGUUACAUUGCAUACGAAGCGAUUCCAGUUUUAAUCUUAAACUGCAAGUUUAGUUGGACGAUGUAAAUUUGUGGUAGAUACUAAAAAAAGUUAAAAAUAACUUAAUGUGAAAUUCGGUACUAUUUUUUUAAUAGCAAAAGCUUUGUAUUUACUCUCAUUUCUUUUAAAUUGUGGUUAAAAUAUUUUAUUUAAUAUAUUAAGUUAAGUCAUUAUAUCUACGUAGCAAGUGUAGAUUAACAUUUAUACCCAUUUUUUCAUGAUUGUGGGUCCAAUAUCUAAUAAUAGUUUUAUAAAAUUAUUGUA